AGUGCUGAAACAAUUAAUUUAAGACAAAGUUGUAAUGAAGCCCCUAUCCAGAGGAAUGAAAGAGAUGAAUGUAGGAGUUGCAGUUCAACAAUUGCAGGGGCACAGGUUACACCUGUCUAACUGGUCUGUUAGUUGCUAGACUUUGCAUUCUGUUCUGUUGCUGAUACUAUAACACAAUUAUGGUGGGUUUCUUGCAGGUGCCUCUGUCUCCGGCUGCCAAUGGGAUUAUGAGAAGAGAAAGAUGAGGUUGGAAAUGGUGAAGGCCCAGCAUUGGAUUUGGCAGCAGUGUGUAUGACUUCCAGCAGGAUCACACACAAGAGCAACUCUUGCACCAAAUAAUAACCUGUAAGACUGAUUAGCAAGGACUGACAUUAGACAUCAGAUGUACACGCGGCCUGUGUCCUGGGCAGCACCGAACCUCUCCUUCUAAUGCAGUGACCUGGGCUGCAGCUGUACUAGCGACACCAGAGCAGACAUGAAGGCUCGAGCAAGUCUCCUGAUCAAGAGGCCACGGGCAGCCAACAGACUCUGAUAAACAUCUCCCGGACAAUGAAGCCUCCAGCCAGUCACCCAGUAUCAAACAGUCGCUCCCCUUUCCUGCCCACUUCCAUGGCGCCGCUGCAUUUACUCUAAUCCGACCUGAAUGCAUGGAAUCCCCUCCGGGCAACAGGCUUGGUCCCAUGGCAGCGCUGAGCAGUCUGAAGGAUCUCCCGUCCCCAGGGAUUCCGGAGGUGGGGGCAGACGAGCAGGCAGAGUGCCCGGGAAAUGCUGGGGGAAUCCCCUGUCCCCAGUAACCCUCCUCCCGCCACAGCAGCCUGUCAGCACCGCUACUCUCUCUCUCUAUCUCUCUCUCACUGAGGCACUCCGCUUCUCCCUGCCCAAGCGCUGACGUCAUGCCAGUUGUUUUGGUCCGCCCGACCAAUCGGACGCGCUGCCUGGAUUCUACGGGUGCCGACAUGGCCCCUUCCUCUCGGGUUGAUGGCUUCGCCUUCCCUAGCAGCGCGCAUUACGCUGGGCUCAGUGCCUGGCAAGACUCCUGCAGCUUUAACAGAUCUGACAUGGACACAUCGCUGCAGUUCCAGCGCGGCUUCUCCCCAGAGCAGCAGCACAGUCUCCCCCGGCCGCAGCACCUGCACUGCCAGAGCCCGGACGAGCAGCUCCUGUUCCAAGCGGACGGUCCUUGUGUGCAGUGCAACAGCUGCUCCUUCCACGGGGAUAAUCUGCCUCUUCUCCGCACUUCUUCCCCUAUUGCCGGCGCUUUCCGCACCGGCUCCUCUCCACUCUCGUCCGGCUCCUCCAGGCAGGGCAGCCAGCUGAACGUCAAUGAGCUCACUCCUUCCAGCCAUGCCAGUUCGUCCCGACACCCCCAGUACCAGUCUCAGUACCAGUGUCAGUACCAGUCCCAGUACCACCAGUGCCACAGCCGACAGCAGGCGAGUCCGAGCAGCAGCAGCCAGCGCCGGGAGAGUAACGCUUUCACUGAAAUAGCCAUGAGCAGCUGCAGGUACAACGGCGGGGUCAUGCGACCCCUCAGCAACCUGAGCGCGUCCCGGAGGAACCUGCACGAACUCGACUCUGAGUCGCAGCCCUUACAGCCGGUGUCUAGCGGCAGCGCCGCUCCGGAGAUAGUGGUGUCCAAGCCCGAGCACAACUCCAACAGUCUGGCCCCGUAUGGCUCCGGCGAUCGGUCAGAUGGGCAGCAGAACAGCGGGUCUAAGUCUGGGAAGAAGAAGAACCAGAACAUUGGCUACAAGCUGGGCCACCGGAGGGCUCUGUUCGAGAAAAGGAAACGACUGAGCGACUAUGCGCUUAUCUUUGGGAUGUUUGGCAUCGUGGUGAUGGUGAUAGAAACCGAGCUCUCGUGGGGAGCCUAUGACAAGGGAUCGCUGUAUUCAUUAGCUCUAAAAUGCCUUAUAAGCCUUUCCACGAUUAUCCUGCUUGGUCUUAUUAUUGUGUACCACGCCAGGGAAAUUCAGCUGUUCAUGGUGGAUAAUGGAGCUGAUGACUGGAGAAUAGCCAUGACCUACGAACGCAUUUUCUUUCUUUGCUUGGAAAUACUGGUGUGUGCAAUUCAUCCCAUACCAGGAAAUUACACGUUCACGUGGACAGCACGCCUUGCCUUUUCUUAUACAACCUCCACAACAACAGCAGACGUGGAUAUUAUUUUAUCUAUACCAAUGUUCUUAAGACUGUAUCUUAUUGCCAGAGUUAUGCUUUUACAUAGCAAACUUUUUACUGAUGCCUCUUCUCGAAGCAUUGGAGCACUAAAUAAAAUAAACUUCAACACACGUUUUGUAAUGAAGACUUUAAUGACAAUAUGCCCCGGAACAGUACUGUUAGUUUUUAGUAUCUCACUAUGGAUAAUAGCUGCAUGGACGGUCAGAGCCUGUGAAAGAUAUCAUGAUCAGCAGGAUGUCACUAGCAACUUUCUUGGAGCAAUGUGGUUAAUUUCAAUUACUUUUCUAUCAAUUGGAUAUGGCGAUAUGGUACCGAAUACAUACUGUGGAAAAGGAGUGUGUUUACUUACAGGAAUUAUGGGUGCGGGGUGCACUGCACUUGUUGUUGCUGUGGUUGCCAGGAAGCUAGAACUUACCAAAGCUGAAAAACAUGUUCACAAUUUCAUGAUGGACACCCAGUUAUCUAAAAGAGUGAAAAAUGCAGCUGCUAAUGUUCUCAGGGAAACAUGGUUAAUCUAUAAAAACACGAAGCUAGUGAAAAAGAUAGACCACGCAAAAGUUAGGAAACAUCAGCGGAAAUUUUUGCAGGCUAUUCAUCAAUUGCGCAGUGUGAAAAUGGAACAGAGAAAGUUAAAUGACCAAGCAAACACAUUGGUGGAUUUAGCAAAGACACAAAACAUCAUGUAUGACAUGAUCUCUGAUCUAAACGAAAGAAGUGAAGAUUUUGAGAAGAGAAUUGUUGUCUUAGAAACAAAGCUAGAGACAUUAAUUGGAAGUAUUCAAGCUCUGCCUGGACUGAUUAGUCAGACAAUCAGCCAACAACAAAGGGACUUGGUUGAAAUUCAGCUUCAAAAUUAUGACAAGCAUGUUGCAUACAGUGCUGAGCGAUCGCGGUCUGUGUCAAGGAGAAGAAGGUCCUCGUCCACAGCACCUCCAACUUCAUCAGAAAGUAGCUAGAAGAAAGCAGGUUAACCAAAAAGACUUUUUUUGCCAUCAUAUGGUCAAUAAUUUAGCUUUUAUUGUAAAGCCCUAUGGUUCUAAUCAGUGUUAUCUGGGUUCUGAUGUCAGAAUCUUGGAAACCUGAACACAAAGUUUUAGGCCAAAUAGAGUGAGAACUCUUUUAUUUCUUUCAGAUGCACAGUGAAUGCACCUAUCAUACUAUAUAGAUUGUUUCUCUGUAAUUUCACUAACUUUUUAUUCUUGCACUUCAGACUUUACUACUAUAUAGUAUAAUAAAAUCUUAAUUUCUGAAAA